AUUUUACUUUUUCUUCCUUCCUGUCCCACACUGCACCAGACGUCCAAACUGCAGUUUCUUUGCGUUUCCAUUUUAACCAGCAUUGCUCCCUUUCACUGCCAUUAUCACUGACAUUGACACAAACAAAGAAGAAGGAAAUAGAAACCGAAGAGGAAAAAUAAUAAUAAUAAUAAUAAUAAAGAGUUUUGAUAUUUCUUUUUCUGGGUCAGAAAAAACUGAUAUUUUCCUGCUCGAAAAAAGAAAAUAGAGCUAAGAGAUUACAAGAGAGGAAAAAAAGAAGAAGAAGAAGACAAAGCACUUCGCCACCUACACUUUUUUGCCCAAUCCAAACAGUCUCUGCUUCACGACUUGAAGUGCGUUAAACCUUUUAGAGAAUUCUUUCUGCUCUGUUUCUGUUUUAUUUUAUUUGUUUCCUUCUCCCGCAAUUCCAUGACUUUUCCUCAUCUGGGUACACAACCAUGCCUGUUUUAGAGGCACCCCAUUUUGUAAGUGGCCCUCAAGAUCCUUCCUCCGUCGCCGGGUUCAGUGACGUAGCACAGUCUGUGGCUGAAUCUUCCGGCGAAAUUGGCUCUGACAGGGAAUCAUCCUUGUCGGAUUCCUUGUCAGAGGCAGAUUUGGAGAGUGGGGACUUGGCUUUGAAGAAGCUGCAUUUGGGUUGGGAUUGCAGGAUUUGCCAUUUGGGUCCGGAGGGUGGGAGUGGCGGCGGCGGACAUGAUUGUAGGGAGCUUAUUCAGUUGGGCUGCUCCUGCAAAGGGGAUUUGGGUGCUGCUCACAAGAAAUGUGCAGAGACUUGGUUCAAGAUCAGGGGAAACAUAAGCUGUUUUCUUGGGACACAAAAGCUUUGGAUCUUAAACAUGGGACUGGGUAGGAUGCUGAGAAAUAGUAAAUAAAGUUUUCGACUUUCGAAUGGAAAGAAAGGUGUAAGUGGAAGACUGUAUGAUCGAUGCAUAAUUGAUCAUACGUUCACCUUUAUGCCAAAGUUGUUUCCUUUUAUGCUUUUUUAGGAGUUGUGUAUCGAUGGGGCUUGCUAGAUACUUGGAUUUGUCUUCUGUAAAGAGCUUACUGCCCAUUUCAGCCCUGCAAAUGUAAUGAUGAAGAUCCAAACACCAUUUGUGGAAAGUGUAUUCAUUCGGUAAAACAUAAAAUUGUCUUGUAAACUGCACAAACCUAUUAAUUUUCAUUC